ACCACGCGAUUACCAUCAACAUGAUUCCAAGAAUUUAAAAGACAAAUAAGAAUGAAAGGAGAAGGAGUAUCGUAUCGGUUAAUUUUUACGGAAUGUAUUCUCGAGAUAGUAUUUGGAUAGUAGAUAUCAUACGACAUUGCAAACGUAGAUAAGCGAGUGACUGUAAUAUCUGUUUCGAUGUAUUGUUACAUUCAAUUAAAGAAUUUAACAAAGUGACUGUUUUUGCCGGAGCUACAAGAAACUUAGUUUAGGCUGAAGUGUUAAUGUCAGCGGAUCAGCAAGAAGAAAAGAGUGCUUAGUAGUCACAAUUAAUCAGUUUUUUUAGCGUGAUUCUGAUAAGUCCUGAUCUAUGCAAAUAUUACAUGCUUGAAAUGAUACUUCCAGGCAAUAAAUUGUGCAGUACACAUUGGAAGUAUUUGUAAAUAAUUUUUAGUUUAGCAAUGAGUCCUCAAAGUUAUAAGAAUCAUAUAACUUCGAAAGUUAUGGCAUCCAAUGGUUUCGCUCAUUCUGAGGCAUCAACCAAAGAGUCCAAAAACCAUUCAUCACCUUGUGAGUUAUUCAACUCAAUGCCAUGGUUUGGUAUGGAUAUAGGUGGUACAUUAUGCAAACUGGUAUACUUUGAGCCAAAAGAUAUUACAAGGGAUGAAGCUGAUGCAGAGGUAGAAGUUUUAAAAAAUAUUAGGCGGUAUUUAGUUAAAAAUUCAGCGUAUGGGAAAACAGGUCACAGAGAUACGCAUUUACAGAUGGACAAUGUUUGUAUAAGAGGCAGACAUGGUACAUUGCAUUUUAUCAGAUUUCCUACAAGCGAAAUGGGAAACUUUUUAGCACUAGCAAGGUCCAAGGGUAUGGCUAGUCUUGUAACAACAGUUUGUGCUACUGGCGGUGGAGCAUUUAAAUUUGAAAAGAAUUUUGAACAAGAAGUAAAUAUGAAUUUAGCAAAAUUUGACGAGUUAGAUAGUUUAAUACGUGGUAUGCUUUACAUAGAGACAACAAAUCCACGUGAAUGUUAUUACUGGUCUCAUCCUACGGAUGAUAGUAAAUGUCAGAAAGUUCCUUACGACUUUUCUGAACCCUAUCCAUUCUUGCUUGUAAAUAUAGGGUCAGGAGUAAGCAUAUUAGCAGUUUAUGGGCCGGAUAAUUAUAAAAGAAUUUCUGGCACCAGUCUAGGUGGUGGUACAUUUUUAGGAUUAUGUUGUUUAUUAACUGGAUGCAACACUUUUGAAGAGGCAAUAGAAUUAGCAACUGGAGGUGAUAAUACCAGAGUGGACAAAUUAGUUAAAGAUAUUUAUGGUGGAGACUAUGGACCGUUUGGUCUUCCUGGAGAUCUUGUUGCAAGCAGACAUUUUCUUGCAUAUUUUGAUCAUCUGUGUAGUUUUGGUCAAAUGAAUUCUAAGGAACGUCGUAAUGAAGUUAGAAAAGAAGAUCUUGCGCACGCAACGCUUGUUACCAUUACUAACAAUAUUGGUUCUAUCGCACGUAUGUGCGCUGUGAACGAAAAAAUUGAAAGGGUAGUAUUUGCGGGUAAUUUUCUUAGGGUAAAUCGUAUAUCAAUGAAACUUCUGGCCUAUGCAAUGGAUUAUUGGUCCAAAGGAACAAUGAAAGCUUUGUUCUUAGAACACGAGGGUUACUUCGGUGCAGUAGGAUGUCUGCUCCAAUUCAAUGGUGAAACCAGUUAAAGUUAUAGAAAAUUGCAUAAUAUAUAGCAUUCCAUUUGAUACUCCAGUUUAAAUGAAUCUUUUUAAAGUGGUUAUCCAAUUGUUUAAUAUAGCUAUUUAUUUUUGUUAUAUAAUAUUUAAUUUUUUGAGGACGAUUGUAUAUGUUGUAUAUGCAAGUAUAAUGCUACAUGAAAUUUUAACAAAAGCGGAAACCUGAGGUCAGGAUCGUAUUAUCUUUAUAUUUAUUACGAUUUUUAUAUGUAAGCACAGUUUAAUAAGUUAUUAUUUCGAAACGUAUUAUAUGAUUAUCGUAAAGGAACCUAAUGUGGGCACAAACCUUGCACGAGUUUACAUAAGAAAUUACAAUGGAC